GCCAAUUGCUCUGGGAGCAGGCCAAGUGGGAAAGCGGACCCCGGCGGGCGGCGACCGGGUCCGCGGCUCGCUUGGUCGCUAAGCAAACCGUCGGCGGCCUCCCUCCGAUCAUCGUCGUCCUCGUCAUCAUCACCAAAGGCUCAACCAGACUUUUUCCUCCCACCAAGUAUUUGCUUUCGCACGCCCCACUUCCCUCUCUUGCGCGCCCUCCGCCUUGGCUCGCCCACCGGAAUCCCAACCAUCUCCGUUUACUCGCGAAAACUGCUCCACCCCCCCCCCCCCACCCCCGGGCCGACCCAUGCCCAUGGAGUUCGCCUGCCGAGGCCGCCCCGCCGCGGACCAGGACGGCGACGGCAGCAUCCACUACCCCUACCCCGGCCCUCCGCUGCCGCACGAUGCAAGCGAUUGUCUUGUGCUCCUUGCCGAGAACCGGGGAAUCUGCAACUGCUUUGCGGGCACCUUGCCUGUGCGUUUGGAACAGGAGACCCAAUUUUGGAACUGUAGUUGCUAACAAGGCUAACUUCAUUGAUAGCUCCGGCUUCCUAGCUUCUAAAAAAUCCAUUCAAAGCUCCGAUAGCGAUAGCAAGAUAAUACCAUGGCAGCUGUACCAAAACCGCAGUUCUGCGCCUUUUAAAAACGAUAUUUAUAGUACCCUCUCCGUCUCUCCCAAAAAAAUGCAACUUUCAAGUUUGAUCAAAUUUAUAUAAAAAACUAUUAAUAUUUAUAUCUCCAAAUAAAUUUAGUAUGAAAAUAUAUCAUAUAAUUAAUCUAAUAAUACUUAUUUAACAUUAAUACUAUUUUGUAUAAAUUUGAUUAAAUUUGAAAUUGUUUGACUACUCGAUAUGCGAAAGUUGCAUUCUUUUUGGGACGGAGCGAAUAGGUAUAAGAUGUGGAACUGUUUACAGUUGGCAAUGCUAAGGUGCAGUCCGGUGUGUCAGGGUUAAAGAUUCUGCCCGGAUUUACCGAGCACUUUGAAAAUAUGCACGAGUACUAAAAGAGUACUCUCUUUGUCAAAGAAACAAUUUAGUCGUUAUCUAUAAUGUCCAGUAUAUUUGAUCUCAAAGAAAAAAUGUCAAGUCUAUUUUAGUAAAUUGUGUUUGCUGGCAUCAAUAAUUCAACAAGGCAGACGCAGGAGACGCCAUGCUGGUGAUCAGAGACGCGUUGCUCUUGCAGCUCCAGAAGGAUCGGCUCCGCCAGGAGAUCAUCAUGGCCGAGCUGGCCAAGCUAGAGAGUGCCAUGGCCCUGCGCUCCGCUGCUCGUCAUGGUAUUGAUACUGCCUUCGUGGAACAGCCUAAGCCAUUGUUCUUCACCUUCAAUGAGGAGUUCAUGCCAUACUUCAGAUGGCCAGAACAUUGUUCCGAUGUGGAUGGGAUCCAUGAUCCGAAGAAAAAGGAUGGAAAGCAUGGGGGUGUGCAAUCGAAGUCUGGGAAGCCUGCCAGUAAAGACCGAUUCUGUGUAUGCUCGAGGCCCUGUUGUUCCAAUGGCAAGUCAGAGGAGGAGAAUGAAGCAUUCGAUGAGAAGAAACUUCAGGAAUCCAAUGAGCCCAAGAAGACGCCAUCUUCACUGAAAUGGGAACUAACAGGAAUAACUAUACCUGUUAAAAAAACAAAGCUACCCCAGAGCUGGAGUUGUGCAAUCUGCCAGGUGGGAACACCGAACACGGAGCACAAUAUACAAGAGCAUUGUGCAGGGAAGAAGCACCGGUCAAAUGUAGCAUCCUUGGAAUCAAGAAACAAGGCCAUUAGUCAGAAGGCACAAACAACAGCAGAAUCUUCUUCCUGUGCAGGGCAGAAAACAUCCUCUAUUAAAUGGAGCUGCAGCAUGUGCCAGGCUAAUGGUAGCAGUGAAGCAGAUCUGAAGGAGCAUCUCAGCGGAAGAACACAUCAACAGAUCAUUGAAGCACAAUGUCAGGAAGGUGACGGUAUGGCUAAGAACACUGAACCACAGGAAGCGAAGUGUCACAAGAGCCAUGUGCAGCAACCUUUAGAGAAGCCACCUAGUAGCAUUUGUCAAGAUAACUGUACCGCUGAUUCAGAAUUGGGGAGCCUAGUUUUAGCAAAGAUUCAGGCCCUAUUGGACGCAAUCAAUAACAUGGCAACUAAUUCCGAGUCGCACGAAGCUAAGUUGCCUCCAAACAACGUGCGGCAAGAUGCAGAGAAGACUUCAGAAUCGAAUUGUAGCAUUUAUCCAACUGGUUCUGAUCACCAGUCAUGUUGCUCUGAACCUCAAUCUGCCAAUCCCCGCAGAAUCAGAAAGCGCCGAAAGAAGAGAGGAACUCUACAGGUGGAAGGCCAGGAGGCAGAACCGAGUGACAUGAAGCCAGCGGAUAAAAUAUCUUCAUAUGGUUCUUGCAGCAAGAGUGCAAGCUCAGAAGAGAAACAGGCAUCAUAUCAUUGGGAGGUCUGCAAUUUGGAUCUCAACAGCGAGAGCGGGCUUGCAAACCAUUGCGAUGGGGAGGAACACUUGGAGAAACAGAAGUUACUGAACUUUUGCGAGGUCUGCAAUUUGCAGUGUAACAGCAGACAAAUGUUCGAUCACCACUGUACUGGGAAGAAGCACAGGAAAAAUCUCGAUGCAAAUAAAUAAAAUGGAAUUGUCUUCUGCCUGUUAAUAGGGAUUUUUUUCUCUCGAGGUGUUAAAUGGGAGUUUGUAGAGCAAGACGCAGGCACAACGUGUGAUUUUAUGAAUUUGAUUCAGAUCGCAGUGUGGUGUCAUAACAAUUUAAUCAGUCAUUUUUAGUGCUGAAUGCAACUGCCCUUAUUCUCUA